ACUCUUUUCCUGUUUCUAUUCCCAAUCAACAUGCCGGCCCAGAAGAAAUUGACUAAAGAAGAGGAGCUUUUGCUUCAAGAUUUCAGCAGAAACGUCAGUACGAAAUCAUCGGCUCUGUUCUAUGGAAACGCAUUGAUAGUCUCUGUCAUCCCAAUAUGGCUAUUCUGGAGAAUCCAUCAGAUGGACUUGUAUCAGUCUGCUAUCUGGUUUGCCGUCAUGUCACUCGUCAGCACAUACCUGGUUGCUUUCGCAUACAAGAAUGUGAAAUUCGUUCUCAAGCACAAAAUUGCACUCAAAAGAGAAGAUGCUGUUGCCAGAGACAUGAUGAAAAAAUUAGCAGAGGAUAAGAAAAUGGGAAAGAAAGAAAAAGAUGAGAGAAUUCUUUGGAAGAAAAAUGAAGUCGCAGAUUAUGAGGCCACAACAUUCUCUAUAUUUUACAACAACGCCCUUUACUUGGUGCUGUUGAUUCUGCUUUCAUUUUACGUGCUGAGAACCUUCAACCCCACUAUUAACUACAUGUUAUCUGUGGGGGCAGCAGGAGGGUUGCUGGCGCUAUUUUCAACUGGAACCAAGUGAACAGCCCCACCUACCUGAAAAUUACCGAAGAGAUGAAGAAGGGGCCAAACAGAGUUGCACCUCCCUGAGAGCGAACACCAUUGGAUUGGUGAUUUGGUCCUUGAUGGAAAACCACAUUGUCAAGAAACAUCAUUUAUCAUUAAUUUGUCAACAAAAGUAGAUCUAAUAAUAAAGUUGUUAGAUGUGAAAGAGUU